UUCUUAGGCCCAUUUCAUUUUCUCUCCUCUUAAUUGGGAAUUACCCCAACUCGUCUCCUUCCUCAACCGACAAUUCACGAGUUUAGCUUUUCAUCGCAACGGCGCCGUUUUUUCUCGUAAAGGGACCCAUUAUUGGGAAGAAUAUUUUGUGACUGUUCAAAUUGUAGUGUGAGCAUUGGAGAAAAUGCCUUCAUUGAAGAUUGAACCUGGUCAUGAAGAUACAGUCCAUGAUGUGGCAAUGGAUUACUAUGGUAAGCGCAUUGCCACUGCAUCAUCGGACUACUCAGUUAAGAUCAUAGGUGUGGGCAAUAACACCUCUCAGCAUUUGGCUAAGCUGAGUGGUCACAAAGGACCUGUUUGGGAGGUGGCUUGGGCUCACCCGAAGUUUGGGUCCCUGCUUGCAUCAUGUUCUUAUGACGGGAAUGUCAUUAUCUGGAAGGAGGGCAAUAAUAAUGAGUGGACUCAAGCUCAUGUUUUUGAUGACCAUAAAUCUUCGGUUAAUUCAAUUGCUUGGGCUCCUCAUGAACUUGGCCUAUGUUUGGCCUGUGGUUCGUCUGACGGGAACAUAUCAGUUUUUACUGCAAGAGCUGACGGUGGCUGGGAUACAUCAAGGAUUGACCAAGCUCACCCGCUGGGUGUGACUUCUGUGUCAUGGGCUCCAUCAACAGCACCUGGUGCCCUUGUGGGUUCUGGCUUGCUUGACGCAGUUCAGAAGCUUUGCUCAGGUGGUUGUGAUAACACUGUGAAGGUGUGGAAGCUGUACGAUGGGCUUUGGAAGAUGGACUGCUUUCCAGCUCUUCAAAUGCAUACUGAUUGGGUUAGAGAUGUUGCUUGGGCACCGAACUUGGGGCUUCCAAAGUCUACCAUUGCAAGUGCCUCUGAGGACGGAAGAGUUAUCAUAUGGACUGUGGCCAGGGAAGGAGAAAACUGGGAAGGUAAGGUUUUGAAUGACUUCAGGAUCCCUGUUUGGAGAGUCAAUUGGUCAAUGACUGGAAACAUAUUGGCUGUGGCUGAUGGGAACAAUAAUGUAACAUUGUGGGAAGAAGCAGCAGAUGGGGAUUGGCGACAGGUGACAGUUGUUGAGCCAUAGAACUUAAAGUUUUCCAGUUUUCUCAUGUAAUGCAGGAUCAUGUUUCAGAUCUUCAUUAUUAACUUCUCUUAGGAAUUCAUGAUGAAAGAAAAAAUCUUCUGUUAGGACUGUAAACCCAAGACCUUGCUUCUUUUUUUAUGUUAUUGCAAAGUUCAGUGAUUUUAUGGAAGUAUUUGAAAUUUAAAAGUUUUCAA